AUGGCCCAGCAGCCCCUGUCCACGUCGGUGCAGCCCACCGACAUCUACGGCGGAGAUGAGGUCUCCGCCCUCGUCCUCGACCCCGGAUACUGCAACACGCGCGCGGGCUACGCCGGCGAGGAUGUGCCCAAGUCGAUCCUGCCGUCCUUCUACGGCCACGUCACGAGCGAGCCGCAGCGCGACCUCUUCGGCGACGAGUGCCUCAUCCCCCGCGCCGACUUCGAGGUCCGCAACUACAUGAACAGGGACAGCGUCGUCGAGGACUGGGACACGGCCGGCAAGAUCUGGGAACACAUGCUCAUUAAGCGCCUGCAGCCCGAGCGCGCCACGCCACCCGCCAAAAACGGCCUCAACGACGACGCCAAGGAGCAGGAUGGCGAGGGCGACGUCGCCAUGGAGGAGGCCGCCGACACACAGGAGAAGCCGCUCGAGGAGAACCCGUUGCUCAUGACCGAGGCGCCCUGGAACACGCCAAAGUCGAGAGAAAAGGCCAUCGAGAUCAUCAUGGAGAACUGGGGUUGCCCAGCCUUUUGGCUGAGUCGCACGCCCGUUCUGGCUGCCUUUGCCGCCGGCAAGGCCACCGCCUUGGUCAUUGACGUCGGCGGCGCCAACACCUCCGUCACGGCCAUUCACGAUGGUAUGGUACUCAAGCGGUCCAUCCAGCGCUCGCCUGCCGGUGGUCUGUGGCUGUCGUCGCAGAUUCGCAGCCUGUGGGAGACGUCAGAGCCCAAGGUCAACCUCAUCCCCACAUACAUGGUCGAGAACAAGACGCCGGUGGACGCUCUCGCCCCGGCCCAGGCGCGGCUGCGAAAGUUCCCCUUUGAGAUCAGCGACUCGUAUCGCGCGUACGAGGAGGAGCGCGUCUUGACCGAGUUCAAGGAGUCCGUGGUGGAGGUGUGGCGCGGCCCCGGCCGCUACAGCGCCCCCGGAAACGAGGACUAUGUCAAGACGCAGCCAGGCCGUGUCUUUGAGAUGCCCGACGGCUACAACCAGAUGUGGCGCGAGCAGCGGUUCAAGGCCACCGAGGGCAUGUGGGACGAGAACGCCGGCUACCCCAUCCCCGAGUCGGAGCGCCUCACCAAGGCUCAGACGAUUCCCGAGCUCAUCCGCGCGGCCCUCAACGCGGUUGACGUCGACCUCCGCGGCAACCUUCUCGCCAACGUGGUCGUCACCGGCAGCACCAGCCUGAUCAAUGGCUUCAACGACCGCCUCAACAACGAGCUCAUGGCCAUGUACCCCGGUCUGAAGGUCAAGAUUCACGCCGCGGGCUUGACGAGCGAGAGGCGGUUCGGCGCCUGGAUCGGCGGUUCCAUCCUUGCCAGCCUGGGUACCUUCCACCAGAUGUGGAUAUCGCGGAAGGAGUACGAGGAGAACGGCCCUGGCGUGGUCGAGAAGCGGUGCAAGUAG